AUGGCUGGCCUAUACGAGAACCGGAGCGGGAGCCAGGACGAGGACGCCGACAAGGACGAUAUCCAGGAUCGACGGAAUGCCCGGACUGUCUUUGGAAACUCAAUCGGCACAACUGUGAUGUGUUAUCCGAACAAGGGAGGCCGGUACACAUUAUACGACUGCUCCGUCCUCGAACUGGAUUUCCUGGGCCUCGACCGAUUCACGCCGGCGCAGCGCUCGUACGAUGCGACGGAAGAAGAGGCGCUUUGCGGACGGAUGCGGCAACUGGGAGCACAGUGGUCUAGGAUCAGCGACGACGGCUCCGAGGUCAUCGAUCUGUAUUCGCCGGUUCUGUACGUCGGGUGGCCGGCGGGCGGCGGCGUGUGGGUGGUCAAGAUGGCGUAUUGGGAGGCGUCCCGGAAGGGGCUGGGGAGGAUUUCCAAUGCCGCGACGAUGGAGGAGCGGUGUCGGCUGAUUGAGCAACUUGGAGGGAUGUAUUAUGAAGAUGCGAGGGAGUGUCCGCACUUGGAUCUCGAGGAUAUAAAUCUGGUUGUUAAUUGA